CUCUUUCCUGACGAACGCCGGUACUUCCUGUAAGGCUUCUUAAUGUGACGCAACAUCCAAUAGGACCCGGAAGUUACGUUGGCCUCUGACGUUUGUUGUUUUUUUUUGUUAGCAGUGCUGCUAAAACACAACUUGAGCAAAGUGCUGAUCUUCAGUCGUCAAUAUGGGUGAAAGAAAAGGAACAAACAAAUACUACCCUCCGGAUUUUGAUCCAGCCAAGCAUGGCUCCCUCAAUGGCUAUCAUAAAACUCAUGCCCUGCGGGAAAGGGCAAGGAAACUGUCGCAGGGUAUCCUCAUUAUCAGGUUUGAAAUGCCCUAUAACAUCUGGUGUGACGGCUGCAAGAAUCACAUUGGCAUGGGGGUUCGUUACAAUGCUGAGAAGAAGAAAGUGGGGAACUACUACACCACGCCAAUCUAUAGGUUCAGGAUGAAGUGUCACCUGUGUAUAAACUACAUUGAGAUGCAGACAGAUCCUGCAACAUGCGACUAUGUGAUAGUCAGUGGAGCACGCAGGAAAGAGGAGCGCUGGGACAUGGCCGAAAACGAGCAGAUCCUGACCACAGAACGGACAGAGAAGGAAAAGCUAGAGACAGAUGCCAUGUACAAGCUGGACCAUGGUGGAAAAGACAAAGAGAAGCUCACAAAGGCUCUCCCUUCUCUGUCUGAAAUCCAGGACUACCAGGCAGGGUGGAAGGAUGACUUUCAGCUUAACAGCGCCCUCCGCAGGAAGUUCAGAGACGAGAAGAAAGUUCUGGCCGAGCAGGAGGAGAAAGAUAAUGCUGUAAGGAUGAGGGCAAACUUAUCCAUACCGCUCCUGCCAGAGAAAGAGGAGGACAAAAAGCUGGCUGGACUACUAACUUACCAGACACCUGACACUUAUGAGGACAAACAGCACACCAAGAGGAAAGAGAUCGCCUCUCGUUCGUGGUUUAAUUUGUCCUCCACGCCAGCAGGGGGCGCUGCGGGUAGUCUACUCCAUAAGCUAAGCUUGCAGGGGAAAGAAGCAGCUGUGGCCAAAGCCCUGGGUUCCUCACAGAGCCCAAUAAUUCGCAGACGCUCGAGCGGAUCUGGAGUUAAAAAUGAACAGUGCGGCACAGCAACCCAUGGAAAGUCUAAGCGCAACGCUUGUGAACUAGUAAUAAAGACAGAGGAGGCCCAAUGUGUAGAAUCAACACAUGGAGAAGAGGAAGUAGCAGUGAAAAAUGACCGUAGUUCUAAUGAGCUGUUAGGAAAAAUUGUAAAGGAAACAGAUCAAAGACUGACUGAUACAGUGGACUGUGGGAAGGAGAAAGAAAGAAACAAAUGUUCUGUAGGAGUCACAUCUUUGGUUGCCGACUACAGCGACUCAGAUUCUGACUCUUGACUUUGAGGCUGGCUAAUAACCAAAAGGGGACUUUUAUUGUUUCCGGAGAGGAGAAGAAUGUAAAUGCUUAAAAACUGAGGGGAUCUGCUGUAACAUUUUACUUUUCUCUUGCAUUAUUAAUAAUAGUAUUUUUUUGAGACACAAUAUCCUCUGAAAUGAAAGUUUUAACCUGGGUCAUCAGCUCAAUGCAUUUUUCAUUUGUGAAUGUUUACAUGUCAUAUCUGUCUGAGAAAGAUUCAAACAUUGUUAAAUUAGAUUUUUCUCUUUGAAGUGCCACGUUAUCUGGUAUUAAAACUGGUAGAAAUUUG